AUGCCUUCCUCUUGUCAAUCGUCUCCUCCUCCAUUCCAAGUCCGAACCGAAUCGAUUCAAUUCACUUCCAAAGCUCCUUCCGGUAAUUUGACUCUCUUCGGAACUCUUUACAUUCCCUUCCAUUCUUCUUCUUCCUCUAUUCCUAAUCAUAUCAAAGAUCAUCCCUCCAAUAAUAAUAUUAAUUAUAAUAAUAAUAAUAUUAAUUAUAAUAAUAAUUACAAUAAUAAUAUUGAGAAACUUCCAGCAGUCGUUCUCGUUCAUGGCAGUGGUCCUCAAAAUCGAAAUGAAUCCAUUCAUAAUUACGUCUUUCUCAAUACAGAAGCAAAACCCGAAUGGAAGAAACCCUAUUGUGGAUAUACGUUACUCAAUUUUAAUACAUUUCAUGAAUUGGCCAUGCAAUUAGCUUCUCAAAAUGGAAUGAUUGUUCUCACCUAUGAUAAGAGAACAUGUUGUUCUGUUUCGAAUACGGCAUGUUCGAAAUGUCGUGUCGAUCCUGUCACACAUCAAUUCACACGAGAUUCAUGUUUUUAUGCUUGUCAAACACAACAUGCUCCUCAAUUAUUGGAUUUGAAUGUUCUCACGUUGGAUGAUUUGGUAUGGGAUGUGGUUCAUGCAUUGGAAUAUUUGGCUCUGAAUCGUUCCAAAGAUUUAUGGAUCGACACCACUAGAUUGAGUUUAUUGGGACAUUCGGAAGGAGUUAAUGUCGUAUUGAAGGCCAUGAAUGUAUUUAACAUGAUGAUGAAUGAUUCGACAAGACCUAGAUCAACCAAAUAUGGAAAUGAAUGGAACCAUCAAGAUGAAGAAAAUCACUCGUCCAAUACAACAACAAGUUGUGGAAAAUAUGAAUCACGCCUCCUCAAUGUUCCUCCACGAGUGAGCAAUGUCUUUCUCAUGAAUGGUGUCGUUUUCGAUUAUGGACAAUUAUUACUAGAUCAAUAUCAAAGAAUAUUGAACAAGUGGAUACUUAUUAAGCAAGUGUGUGAAAAGGAAGAUCCUUCCUCGCCUCUCAUUCUCAACGCCAAUCAAGCCAUUCCCAUCACGAAUCAAACCAUCAAGGCUCUACAAGAUUUCUUUCCAAAAUUUAAGGCUGGACAAUACCCUUUGAAUUGGGUCUAUUCCAUUGGAGGAGCUGUUUCAGGAUACUUUUUGAAAUCGUCGUACGAAUUUACAUCGAUUACAAGAGAACAAUUAUUGUCAAUGAAGAGUCAUGGUAGUAGUCGUAGUAAUGAAGAGGAAAAUGAUGAUCAACCUCCCUUCAUUCCAUUUGUAUGUUCAUUGAAUUCUCCAACUGAUCUCAAUAUUCAACCCAAGGAGUAUGCUGCGUUAUUGGAAGUGAUGGCACAACGAGAGUCAUCCAAGACCCUAGUUCGUGUUAUGGAAAAUUUAACACAUUUUGAUACACCGAGUGAUUUGAGCAGUCCUGAAAUAACACAGCAGGUCAUGGAAUUUAUUCAAAAUUGUUUAACUUUUCAACCACCACUCAAGGAAAGGUCGAACAAGAAGAGAUGA